CAGGACCUCUUUGCCUGACACGCGCCGCGGUUCACCCCGCUUUCCCCGCCCGAAGGAAGGGCGAGAGGCCAUCGCAGCAAGCCUCGUCCCUGCGCGCCUCCCGCUCUCCCCCGACAGAGGUCCCCGCUCGCCUCACCGCGGACUCCAGCCACAGCCCUGAGCAAACCUCCGUCCUUCCUCCUCCUCCUCCCGCGAAAGGGAAUGCCGCCUGGCGGGCAAAGUUAACAAACGUGGCGUUAGUGCGGGGAGGAGAGGCACUUGGCGGCGGCGGCGGCGGCUCCUUCUCCUCCUCAGCUCCACCUUCCCUGUGAGAGUCGGACGGGACGCACUGCCCGCCUACCUGCCCCACUCACCUCUGCCGGGCGACCGCGGCGCCCUCACCUUUCCUCCUCCUCCUCCUCCCCAGUCGGGGGAAGGGAGGAAGCGGCGGCGAGUCGCGACCCCCAUGGCGCUGGUCGAGCUCUACACGCAGUACAACAGAGUUUGGAUCCCUGAUCCCGAAGAAGUUUGGCGAUCUGCUGAGAUUAUAACAAAUUAUAAGAUUGGAAACCACAUACUUCAUCUACAGCUGGAAGAUGGCACGGAAUUGAAUUACCCAGUUGAUCCUAGUGCUUUGCCUCCUUUGCGAAAUCCAGACAUUCUGGUUGGUGAAAAUGAUCUCACAGCUCUUAGUUAUCUUCAUGAGCCUGCUGUCCUGCAUAAUCUCAAGGUUCGCUUUGUGGAGUCCAAGCUAAUUUAUACCUAUAGUGGAAUAAUUUUGGUUGCUAUGAACCCCUACAAGCAGUUGCCUAUAUAUGGAGAUGCCAUUAUCCAUGCCUACAGUGGCCAGAAUAUGGGGGAUAUGGAUCCACAUAUAUUUGCUGUGGCAGAAGAAGCUUACAAACAGAUGGCAAGGUUGAGUAGAUGGAACAACAAGAAUCAGUCUGUUAUAGUCAGUGGAGAAUCAGGAGCAGGAAAAACAGUUUCUGCUAGAUAUGCUAUGAGGUACUUUGCUACAGUCAGUAGAUCAAGCAGCAAUGCGCAAGUAGAAGAUAAAGUGUUGGCAUCCAAUCCAAUAACAGAGGCUGUUGGAAAUGCGAAAACCACACGCAAUGACAACAGCAGUCGCUUUGGGAAAUAUAUGGAAAUCAGUUUUGAUAAGAGGUACCAGAUCAUUGGCGCAAAUAUGAGAACAUACCUGCUUGAGAAAUCCAGAGUUGUCUUUCAGUCUGAGAAUGAAAGAAAUUAUCAUAUAUUUUAUCAGUUGUGUGCAUCUGCUCUGAGACCAGAAUUUAAACAUCUUAAACUAGGGACUGCUGAAGAAUUUAACUAUACUAACAUGGGUGGAAACACUGUGAUUGAAGGAGUGAGUGACAAAGACAACAUGUUGGAAACUCAAAAGACAUUCACCCUGCUAGGUCUUAAGGAAGAUUUCCAGAUGGAUGUUUUUAAAAUACUGGCAGCAAUUCUACAUUUAGGCAAUGUGCAGAUAGUGGCUGUCGGUGAUGAAAGAUCUUCUGUUAGUCUGGAUGAUAAGCAUCUUAAUAUAUUCUGUGAACUUCUGGACUUGGAAAGCGACAACAUGGCACGAUGGCUGUGCCAUAGAAAAAUUAUCACUACUUCGGAGACUGUAGUAAAACCAAUGACAAAAUCUCAAGCUCUUAAUGCCCGUGAUGCUCUGGCAAAAAAGAUCUACUCUCAUCUCUUUGAUUUCAUUGUGGAACGAAUUAACAAGGCAUUGCAGUUUCCUGGCAAGCAGCAUACCUUUAUUGGUGUUUUGGACAUCUAUGGAUUUGAAACUUUUGAUGUGAAUAGCUUUGAACAGUUUUGCAUCAAUUAUGCCAAUGAAAAACUACAGCAGCAAUUUAACCUGCAUGUCUUUAAACUUGAACAAGAAGAAUAUAUGAAAGAAAAUAUCCCAUGGACACUCAUUGACUUUUAUGACAACCAACCAGUGAUUGACCUUAUUGAAGCUAAAAUGGGCAUUUUAGAGCUGCUGGAUGAAGAGUGUCUGUUACCUCAAGGAACUGAUGAAAAUUGGCUUCAGAAGUUAUACAACAAUUUUAUAACUAAGAAUCCGCUCUUUGAAAAGCCAAGAAUGUCCAACUCGUCUUUUAUAAUCCAGCACUUUGCUGAUAAGGUAGAAUAUAAAAGUGAAGGAUUUAUGGAAAAAAACAGAGACACGGUGUAUGAAGUAUUGAUUGAAAUCUUGAAAAACAGCAAGUUUCAACUAUGUGCCAACUUCUUUCAAGACAGACCAAUACCCAUUUCCCCCUUCAGCUCAGCUAUCAAAGUUAAAUCUGCAAAAACGGUGAUCAAGCCACCUAAUAAGCAGUUCCGUACAACUGUUGGUGAUAAGUUUCGCAGUUCCUUAUAUUUAUUAAUGGAUACACUUAAUGCAACCACACCUCACUAUGUACGAUGCAUAAAGCCAAAUGACCAGAAGUUAGCAUUUGAGUUUGAUUCAAAAAGAGUGGUUCAACAGUUGCGAGCUUGUGGUGUGUUGGAAACCAUUCGGAUUAGCUCUCAGAGUUACCCAUCCAGAUGGACUUACAUUGAGUUUUACAGCCGUUACAGCAUUCUCAUGUCUCAGCAUGAACUCUCUUUAAAUGAUAAGAAACAAAUUUGCAAGAUUGUUUUGCAGCGGCUAAUCCAGGAUCCUAGCCAGUAUCAGUUUGGUAGAACAAAAAUUUUCUUCAGAGCAGGUCAAGUUGCUUACUUAGAAAAGCUACGGUCUGACAAAUUGCGGCAGGCUUGCAUCAUGAUUCAAAAACAUACCCGAGGUUGGCUCCAACGGAAGAAAUUCCUUUGUAUCAAACAAGCAGCAGUUACAAUACAGCAAUACUUCCGAGGACAGCGUUCUGUACGACGAGCUAUAACAGCAACGGCCCUAAAGGAAGCAUGGGCAGCUAUUGUUAUCCAGAAGUACUGCCGGGGAUAUCUGGUGCGUAGACUUUGCCUGCUCAUCCGUGUGGCUGCUUUGACAAUCCAAGCUUUUACCCGAGGAUUUCUAGCAAGGAAGAAAUACAGAAAGAUGCUUGAAGAACACAAGGCUUUAAUCCUCCAGAAAUAUGCUCGAGCUUGGCUUGCUAGGCGCAGAUUCCAAAGUAUUCGCCGUUUUGUCUUGAACAUCCAACUUUCAUAUAGGGUACAGCGACUGCAGAAAAGAUUGGAAGACCAGAAUAAGGAAAACCAUGUAUUAUUGGAGAAAUUGACCACUCUAGCCUCCAAUCACUCCAGUGAUGUAGAAACAAUUCAGAAGCUUCAACUGGAUCUUGAAAAAUUAGCCACAGAAAAGAAAAUAUCUGAAGAGAAAGAGAAGAAAUACAAGGAUGAUUACCAACAGAGGAUGUCAAAACUUGAAAAUCGCAGUUCAGAGCUACAAGAACAGAAGGUGAAACUGGAAAAGGAGCUUCAAGAGAAAACUGAAGAAAUGAAAGAUAAAAUGGAUGACCUGACAAAACAGCUCUUCGCCGAUGUUCAAAAAGAAGAAAGGCAACGAACGAUACUUGAGAAAAACCUCCACAAUCAGAAACAAUACUAUGAAAAAAAGAUUGAGUCUCUAAAGACAGAAAUAAAGUCUCUCAAAGAUGAAAAUGAUCAGCUCCAAAAUGAGGUUCAGGAAAAUCUCCAAAUUCAGGAUGUCUUAAAACUGGAAGUAGAAGAACUUACGAGCCAAGCAAAGACAAUACCUGAAUUGCAAAAAGAGAUUGAACUUGUUCAGGCUCAGAAAAUGGAUCUGGAGAAGCAACUACAGUACCAGAAGCGUGAAAUGAGAGAAAAGAUGUCAGACCUUGCAAGGCAGCUUCAUGAGAGCUUUGAUUUUGCAGAUGUAAGGAGCAGAUUAUCUCCUGAAGAUCUGGAACAUUUAAAUGAAGAUGGGGAACUUUGGUUUGCUUACGAGGGCCUGAAAAAAGCCACACGAGUGUUGGAAAGCCAUUCCCAGUCUCAGAAAGAGAACUAUGAAAGGGAAAUAGAGGGCCUCAACUCCAAAGUUGAGCAUCUUAGUCAAGAAAUAAGCCACUUACAGCAGCUGUUUCGGAAGGAAAAUGACAAAAACGACAUCAUCCAACUCCAGGUCGCCAGACUAACAUCGGAAAAUAUGAUGAUUCCAGAUCUUAAACAACAGAUUUCUGAGCUUCAGAUACAGAAGAUGGAUCUUGAAAACCGUCUUCAAGAAGAAGUUGAAAAGAAUAGAGAUAAAAUGGAAGAAAUGAUAGACCUAUUGCAUCAUAAACUGGAAGAUAACGGCACACAAAAAAGAGCAUUACAAGUUCAAAAUGAAAUAUACACCAAGGAAAAAGAAAAGCUAAUAGUUGCAGCUCACGAGUUUCAGCAGACAAACGAUCAAAUGGAGAAGCAACAUGAACCAGAGAAUGAAACCAAGGGCAAAAUAUGGCAGGAUGUGGCGUAUCUUACCAUGGAAAACACGAAUUUAGAGGAGGAGCUGGAUAAGAAUGACAGAAUAAUAAAAAACCUUCAGGAUCAAAUCAAGACCCUUAGAAGGUCUAUACAUACAGCCAGUGACGUGUCUGUGUCAUCCAUGCCUAAAGAGUACAUUGGAAUGCUGCAGUACAGAAAGGAAGAUGAAGCAAAAAUUGUUCAGAAUCUGAUUCUUGAUCUGAAGCCCCGUGGAGUGGUGGUCAAUAUGAUUCCAGGGCUCCCAGCUCAUAUCCUCUUCAUGUGUGUGAGAUAUGCAGAUUAUCUGAAUGAUGAUGGUAUGCUGAAAUCUUUCAUGAAUAUGGCAAUCAAUGGUAUCAAACAAGUAAUUAAGGAACAUGUUGAAGACUUUGAGAUGUUGUCCUUCUGGCUCUCAAACACGUGCCAUUUUCUUAACUGUCUGAAACAAUAUAGUGGGGAAGAGGAAUUCAUGAAAUAUAAUACUUCACAGCAAAAUAAGAACAAUCUGAAAUACUUCGAUCUGUCAGAGUACAGGCAGGUUCUUAGUGACCUGGCCAUUCGUAUCUAUCACCAGUUCAUUAUCGUAAUGGAAAACAACAUUCAGCCAAUGAUAGUGCCAGGAAUGCUAGAGUACGAAAGCCUCCAGGGGAUUUCUGGCUUAAAACCAACCGGAUUCCGCAAGCGUUCUUCCAGCAUAGACGACACAGAUGCCUACACCAUGACCUCCAUCCUGCAACAGCUGAGCUAUUUUUAUACCACAAUGUGUCAGAAUGGCUUGGACUCGGAGCUUCUGAAGCAAGCAGUCAAGCAGCUUUUCUUUCUGAUUGGAGCAGUCACCCUUAAUAGUCUUUUCCUCCGUAAGGACAUGUGCUCUUGUCGAAAAGGAAUGCAGAUAAGGUGUAAUAUCAGCUACCUGGAAGAAUGGCUGAAGGAGAAGAAUCUGCAGAGCAGCUCCGCCAAGGAGACCUUGGAGCCUCUUUCCCAAGCGGCUUGGCUCCUUCAAGUCAAAAAGAUCACAGAUGAGGAUGCCAAAGAGAUCUCUGAACGCUGCACAUCCCUGUCUGCUGUACAGAUAGUGAAGAUCCUCAACUCCUACACUCCCAUAGAUGAUUUUGAGAAAAGAGUGACUCCAUCAUUCGUCCGCAAAGUGCAGGCUAUGUUGAACAACAGAGAGAAUUCUCCACAACUGAUGCUUGAUGCAAAACAUCUCUUCCAAGUGACUUUUCCUUUCACCCCCUCACCAAAUGCUUUGGAAGCAAUACAAAUCCCCAACAGUUUCAAACUGGGCUUUCUCACCAGGAUAUAGCCAAAAGGAACAGAUGUGCCAUUCACCCUCUGCUCAAACUUUACUUCGUAAUGUACUUCCUUGUUUGCUGUAAAGUGAAGUUGUUUAAUAUAGAAGUUAAUUCUGAAAACUGAAACAGGAUGUAAGAAAUGGAGUACUGCCUACUUUCUGCUCCAGACUAAAGUCUUCUUCCGUUUUGUAACUCACUCCUCAUAGUUUACAAGUGCCCUGUAAUCAAAUCCAGCUCUGGACACUUUCACAGAGAGAACCUGACAAGGCAAUUCUCUGUAAUAUUUGGCUACAGUAUUUGUAACACUGUAAAUUUAUGUCACUGUAUAUGUGUGCCUUAAAGCUACUGUUGUCUAAGUGUGCAUAUGGUGAUAUAUGAAAAACAAAGGUGACUAUUAUAAUAUGCAAGUAUAUAUUGUGUCAAAUUAUUGUCACAGAUAAGGUAAUGGGGCUGUUCACACGAUCAAGAAUAGGGUAGGAGACACCUCCUACCCUCGUUCGAGAGGCUAUUUUUGAUCAUGUGAACUGCCCUAAUAUUUCACACAGGAGGCAAUUUAGAAAUGGAAGAAGCUGUCCAGAUGCAUGCAUGCAUUGAAAAACAAAUCUAAAAUGGAUGCAGUAAAGUGUUCCCAGAUAGAUGUCAUCUGGCGCUUCCACACUAACCUUUGUUGACUCUAAAGUUUUAAUUUUAAAUAUCUAUGUAAGUCUUUCAGAACCUUUAGGGUUGGGCAGUUUAGAAAUUGAAUUAAUUAAUCUUUUUAUGGCUGUGUACAGAAUCACAGCCUUAGUUCUUUUUAGAAAGUAAAAACUACUGUUUUACAGUAAUUUGUUUACUGAAAUAUCUUAAUAUUGAAAUAUUUGAAAGCAGCGGUGGAAACAUUAAAUAAUGGUGGACCAUU